CUUGCCCUGAUCACGGCUCGAUGCUGCGGAGAGCGUCGCGGCCGCUCAGCCGCGCGGCCUCUCGCCGUCGGCUAUACGCGACCGCGCCGCCGCUCCCGGAGUGGGAGACCCUCGGCUUCAAUGCGACGCCGACGGCUCGGAUGAUCCGGUACAACUGGAGCGCCGAGCGCGGCUGGGACGCGGGUGAGUCCUCGCCCGAGUUCACCGUGACGAUCCACGGGCUGUCCAACGUGCUGCACUACGGCCAGGGGCUGUUUGAGGGCCUCAAGGCCUUCCACUGCAAGGACGGCCUCGUGCGCGUCUUCAACUCGCACGCCAACGCCGCACGGCUGCAGAGCGGCGCCGAGCGGCUCGCGAUGCCGGUGGUGCCGCCGGAGCUGUUCGACGAGGCGGUGGACCGGUGCAUCCGCGACAACGUCGAGUACGUGCCUCCCUACGGCUACGGAGGCGCGAUGUACCUCCGCCCCUUCCUCUUCGGCCACGGCGAGAAGCUCGGCCUCGGCGCGGCGCCGCACUACUCGUUCUGCGUGAUCGCCUCGCCGGUCGGCGCUUACUACAAGGGCGGGCUCGAGCCGAUCGACGCGCUCGUGGUCGAGGGCUUCGACCGCGCCGCCCCGCGCGGCGUCGGCAACAUCAAGGCCGCGGGCAACUACGCACCAGACGUGCUUCCAUCUAUCCUCGCCAAGGAGAAGGGGUACCCCGUCUGCCUCUACCUCGACGCGGCGACGCAGACGUACGUCGAGGAGUUCUCUACCUCCAACUUCAUCGGCGUCACGGCGGAGGGGACAGUCGUCACACCAACCUCGCCCUCCAUCCUCCCCUCCUGCACCAAGGGGGUCGUCCUCGAGACGGCUCGCCGCCUCGGCAUGCGGGUGGAGGAGCGGCCGGUCAGCUUUGACGAGGUGGGAGGCCUCAAGGAGGUCGCGGCGUGCGGCACCGCCGUCGUCCUCACGCCCAUCUCCUCCGUCACGCGGGGCGGCACGGUGCACAGCUACGCAGGCUUCGACACGAUCGCCACGCUCUACAACGCGAUCACGUCGGUGCAGCAGGGCGAGGCGAACGACGCGCUCGGCAUCACGCGCGUCGUCGCCGAGCGGCCUCACGACCCGCCUUGCCGAGACGCGGAGGCGGCGGCGGCCUGAGGGUGAGGGGCGCUGGUCACGCCGCCGUGACGCCGCCGGCACACGCGGCGCGCUGCCUCGAGAGUACACCGUUUUGGGUAUUGCAUAGUUGCACCGUCGGCUGGGGGUGGGAGGGUACCCUCUCUCUCUCCGGAGUCACAUGAGGGGGGUGGAGAUGGUGUGAGGUGCGUUGCCGCAUGUGGAGGUUGUCCCUGCGGACCGGUGCACUCACCACACCGUCCCCUCUCUGCGACAUUAGUACGAACGAAAGGAGUGUACAGUGCCGAGUA